AUGGAUCUCUGGACCCCUGUUCUGGAUGUUUUCUGCCGACCGCUCCAACGCUCCAUCGUACGGCUACCCCUGCCAGCACCGCCUCUGAUCGGCAAGUCGGCUCGCCACGACGAGGCCAACGAUGAAAUGGGCCUAGGCGGGCUGGCUGUGUUGGAUCCAUGCCUAACUGAGCUCGCUUCUAGCGUGUUUGAGAGAGGGACGAACCUUUCAAACAUGUCAUAG